UCAGGUUGAAACCCUAGCAAGCUCGUGUAGCAGGAGGCGCUGGCGGCGGCGGCCAGGGUGACGCGGCUCGGGGCUGGUCCGAGCAGAGGCGAGGCAGGGAAAGGCGACGACUUGCUUGGGGCCGGCGGAAGCAGGCGAGGCAGCGUGAGGAGAGGUGGCACAGCUGCUGCUUCCUGGCUGAAGGGGAGGCAGAGCUGUUGCUUGCUGUUCGUGGUGAAGAGGAGGAAGAGCUGCUGUUCGUGGGGAAGAGGAGGAAGAGCUACUGCUUGCCGAGGCAGAGCUUGCUGCUUGUCGUUCGGUGAGAUUCUUAUCUCUAUUGCUGCCAACACUAGAGUACAUCUGAGGAGGGGCAUCUAAGUGAUAAAGGAGAAGAUUCUAUUGGAUCCUUGUGUGGAAUUUAUCUGCUGUUUGGUGGCUGCUGCUGUGUUUUCUUUCUCAAACUGAGGCAGUCAGUGUGGUUCUUAUCUCUGCUACUUGCUUAAAAUGGCUGAAAAUCAAGGGCUUGAACAGGUGAUGGGUAAAUUGGUAGAUAUGCUUGCAAAGAAACUUAGUGAAACCCCUAGUACAAGCAAUGCAGCUGUUCCUCGUGGCGAAUCAGUACAAAAAAUUAAGCUGGUGCAGAAUGAUAUUAAGUUGGAGGGUGUCAAAAAUUAUUUGAGUUGGUCAAGGAGAGCUUUGUUGAUUUUAAAGACAAAAGGGUAAGAAGGAUAUGUCACAGGAGAAGUGAAAGAACCUGAGAGCACAAGUGUAGAAUGGAAGACUUGGAGUACUACCAACUCUCUGGUGGUAGCAUGGUUAUUGACUUCACUAAUCCUUGCUAUUGCUACAACUGUUGAGACAGUCUCUAGUGCGAGUGAGAUGUGGAAAACUCUCGCUAACCUAUACUCAGGAGAAGGUAAUGUGAUGCUAAUGGUGGAUGCACAGGAGAAGAGAAGUGCUUUGAGACAAGGGGAGCGCUCUGUGGCAGAAUAUGUUGCAGAAUUGAAGAGUUUGUGGUCUGAUUUAGACCAUUAUGAUCCUCUUGGUUUGGAGCACUCUAGUUGCAUAGCAAAAAUGAAAAAAUGGGUAGAGCGCACAAGAGUCAUUGAAUUCUUGAAGGGCCUAAACCCAGAGUUCGAAGGAAGAAGAGAUGCAAUGUUUCACCAAACUACCCUUCCUACCUUAGAUGAGGCUAUUGCAGCUAUGGCACAAGAGGAACUUAAGAAGAAGAUAUUGCCUAGUACCACAUCACCUUCACCAAGUCCCACUUAUGCAAUUGUACAAGGUAAAGAGACUAGAGAGUACUUUAAUUGUGGUGAAAUGGGGCAUCUUAUGCGUGAUUGUCGUGCUCCUCGUAAGCCUAGUUAUGGAAGAGGAAGAAGUGGUGAUAGAGAGGGAGCAAGAGGUGGAAGAGGAUAUGAAAGUAGAGGUAACCGAGGUAGAGGCUAUGAGUACAGGGGCGAUCAAAAAGCUAAUGUGGUCACUGCAGAAGAGGGUUCUUUUAAACCUACAAAUGUUGAUGUUGCCAACUUUGUUCAUUCCACCUCAGGAGAGGAAAACAUGGAAGAAACUUGGGAUUGGCGUCAGGCGUGAUGGACUUUGGUACUUGGAUCAGGGAAGAACUAAUGAAGCCAUGUGUCUAGCUUUGAUGGCUUCCACAAGUGAAGAAGAGGCUAAAGUAUUACUUUUGCACUAUAGAUUAGUACAUAUAUCUUUUGAAAUUAUGAGAAAAAUGUUCCCAUCAGAGUUUAGUAGAGUGGAUAAAUCUAAAUUAGUUUGUGAUGCUUGUAAGUAUGGGAAACAUACAAGAACAUCAUAUGUGAGUAGAGGACUUCGAAGUAUGUUACCCUUUAUGCUAAUUCACUCAGAUGUUUGGACUUCACCUGUGGUUUCUA